CUUUGGGGCUUAAAGGGACUCACCAGCUUUUGCCUGGGGAAUCAUGCCUUUAGUUUCCCAUUGUUGGAAGAAGUAUAUGUUGAUGGAUGAUGCCCUCAGAUGAAGAUUUUCUCUGCCGGAGUCCUGAGCACACCAAAGCUACGUUCAAUCAGAAACUCCAAAGAUUCAGAUAAUCAAUUCUGGGAGGGAACCCUUAACGCCACCAUUGCAUACAUGUUUGUGGAGCGUCUCCUACCGCAAGGGGUCGAAAGUCAUAUCAAGGUGUCCGAGUUUCCUGCUCUAAAAGAGCAUUGGCAUGACCAACACCUGGGGAGGCAUUUCCUCAGUGUAGAAUCACUGACAGUGGAUGGAUGUGCAUCAUUCACGAAAGCUUUAUCAGCCAAUCUACUGCACUCAUUGAACAUGCUAACAACGUUGGAAGUAAGAGACUGUGGAUCAAUGGAAGAAGUAUUCGACUUGGAAGAGAUGGCUACAGAUGAAGGGCGUGUUAGGUUGCUGCCUCGACUAAGUAAAUUGCACUUAAUUGAUCUACCUAUGUUAAGAGCUAAUUUAUGGAACAAGGAUCCUACAAAAAAUUUGGACUUCCGCAACUUUACAGUGCUCAAAGUGGAAAACUGCAACAGAUUGAAUUAUGCAUUUACUCAGAGUGUGUCCUUGUGCUUUGUGCUACUCCAGGAGAUACAUUUGAAAAAGUGUGCGAUGAUGGAAGGAAUAAUCAAAAAGGGGGAAUCAGAUGAAGAAGUAGUGCCCGAGAUCAUUUGUCCUUCCUUGAAGAAGAUUAGCAUACAAAAAACGGAAACGGGAAACAGACAUGACACGAAACGGACACGGGAAAAAGGUAUUAUUAAAAAAUGAUGGACCCAAUAUGUGGCGGAAACGUGUAAAUAUUA